AUGGCGUUGAGAUCAAUUGCUUCCUUCUUUUACCAGCAGGGAGGCCUGCCGCUGGCCGAAUUGCCUCCUGCAUUCCUUGCUCCCGCGCUAUAUUCCCCAAGUUUGACCGCACACACCCAACGGUCACAGUUCUCAACUUCCUCUUCUGCUGCUGGCCGUGAUCGGAACCGCUUACGUGGCGUCUCUGCUAUUCACAGGACUGGACCAAAACACCCACUCCCUAUAUCAAAAUACCCUCUUCCCACACCCGCUCCCCAAGAUCAAUACAAAAGACCUCUUAACCCUAACCACGGAUUAUGGGGCUUUUUUGGCCCCAAUAAGCAAAGCCUUUCUACACCCGAAGAGGAAUAUGCUCAUGGGCGCCCUUGGUCCGUUCAAGAGUUGAGACAAAAAUCCUGGGAUGAUUUACAUUGUCUGUGGUGGGUUGCAGUACGAGAGCGUAAUCGAAUAGCCACAUCCACUCUGGAACGGAAACGGCUGGCUGCCGGCUACGGCGACUACGAGUCACAGAAUCGAGAUAAAACUGUCCGAACCACACAAAAGGCAAUAAAACAUGUACUUCGUGAACGAUGGUAUGCUUGGAAUGAAGCCCGCGAUCUCUAUAAUGGUGGAUAUAGGCCCUCCUCAGAGGUCCUUUUUGAAGAAGAUCAUGAGAGUCGUUCCGCCACCGAAAUAAAUCCUGAACAUCUAGAUUCAAGCUCACAAUCGGAGCGCACUGUAGCGAAAACUGUUUGA